GUUGUAGUCCACAGCUGGUUCGGUUCCGUGAGUCCACAGUAGAGGCGGAAUCUGCUCUGCAAAGACAAACAGAUGUGAAAUUAUUGAUCAGGGUUUUGUGAAUUUAUGGAAACAUGUCGAAGAAACGGGGCAGGAAGCGCAGCAGUGGAGAGUUGAGCGAGAGCUCGGCGUCCACCCUGAGCCCGGAUCCGGACAACCUGCUGGGCCGGCGGAUCCAGCACACCUGGAGGGAGAAGGGCAACGUGACCAAGUGGAAGGGCACGGUGCUGGAGCGGCUCAGCGUCAACAGCUCGCUCUACAUGGUGAAGUACGACGGCUUCGACUGCGUCUACGGCAUCGAGCUCUUCAAGGACAGCCGGGUGUCCAACCUGCAGGCGCUCACCGAGAAAGUCGUGAACAACAAGAUCAAGGUUCCGCCGGGGGCCGAGGAGCUGGUGGGCCGGGCGGUGGAGCACCUGUUCGAGAAGGAGGACGGCGAGAAGAACGAGUGGCGAGGCAUGGUGCUGUCCCGGGCCCCCAUCAUGACCCACUGGUACUACAUCACCUACGAGAAGGACCCCGUCCUCUACAUGUACCAGCUGUGGGACGACUACAAGGACGGGGACCUGCGCGUCCUGCCAGAGUCAGAGAACAAACACCUGCUGCCGGCGGACCGGAAGCCGGGCGAGGAGCCGGAGAGCCUGGUGGGGAAGCAGGUGGAGUACGUGACGGAUAACGGCCUGAAGAGGACGGGCCUGGUCAUCUACCAGGUCCCCGCCAAGCCCACGGUCUACUACAUCAAGUACGACGACGACGUCCACAUCCACGUGUACGACCUGGUGAAGACCACCUAGUACUGACUGUCCGCCGGCGGCCCCCCCGCCGCCCGUUACCUGUCAGUGUUCAGCGAUCCCAGUGUGCCGCUGCUCCGGGAGGCCGCGGAGCAGGGCAGAAGCCCCGCCCCCUUAUCUUAAUUUAAAAUGUAUGUGUCUUCAUGGUGCGGCCUCCUCGGCGUCCUCCACCCGCACGCCAGACAUGAAGCUUCCUCCUGCACAAAUUCCACGUUUAAUAUAUACCGGGGUGUAAAUAAGGCAGGUCUGAGCCCAGCAGAUGGAUGAAUGAAGCUCCCUCUCCUCUACGGUCAUGGUCCACUUGUAAAAUGCAACUCAAAACUCCAAAGUGUAACGACGGCGCCCCCCCUCCCCUCCCCCCUCCCCCCGGUGGUUCCCGGUCCUGGCUCCUCCCUCCAGACCCGUGGCUGAGCUGCUGGAACCUCGCCGACUCAUCCUCCGCCGUGCUUCGUGUGUCGCUGGCUAGGCUGCUUCGUCUGUGGACUGUACAAGUGAUCUUCAUCUGACCAGUGUGCUGACUCCCCCGUCACAGUCCGGCUGUACAGGCAUUCCGCCGCGUGGCUGUAACACACACACACACACACAUCCAUCCAUGAUACUACAGAGAAAAGCAUCCCGUUUUCUACAUUGCUCCAGUAUAGCAGAGGUGAUGUUGGUGUCCAGUUGUUUCAAACCGUGUUUGUGCUCCACUCUUAUUUAUGUCGAUGCGAUCGGCUCCCGGCGUCGUGUUUUGGAAUGAAGUGGUCGUCAUUUGCCAAAAAAACAAAAACAAAAAAGAAAAUUGGUUGGAAAACCGUUCAUCGUGACCCUAAUUGUUUUCUUCUGUAAAUAUGAGACAUUUUUAUGAACGUUAAACAAAGCUGCUUGAAAACGA